CACUGAUACCUCAUGCCAUACUGGCAUAGGACUACCUCACAGAGAUUGGCAUGGGACGGACUAGAAGCUUUUUUUUUCUAAAUUUUUCCGGUAAUUUCGCCCAACUACUCUUCCCGUUGAUUUAAGGAUAAAUGUGUAAAGUCGUCAACUUUUUUAGACUUAAUUUCGUAGUAACGUUAUUGCAUCCAUCAGCAUCCAUGAAGGGAACGUUACUGACAGCUACAACUUCACAACAUUGCACUGUGUAUUAAACGCCUCUGGAGGGCGAAAGCUGACUUGGAACAGUGACGGUAGGGUUUUGCAGUGGUGGAGAAGGCCAUACGUCAGAGGCAUAAUGGCGGAGGCUGGUUGAGGAGGACAGGCACUCAGCAAAGCGGCGCUGUAACCAAUUCCUUCGCCCUCAGAAGUCAGAGGUGCCCCAAGAUGGCCUGCAAUUCUAACGCGGAACUUGAAAAGGACAAUGAAAGCCUUAAGCCUACAGGGAUUUCUUCCAAGAGCUGCAAUUCUCAGAAACAAUUGUUGUCAGAUAGUAUCUCGGCCACAUCCAAGCAAAAUGGCGAACAAGCUGGAUGUGAAGACGAGCAAAUGUCUGAACAAGAUGCUUCUGAGCGGCGGAAGAGAGUGAUAAAGGAUUUGAAAACCAAUAGUACUUUACCAUCGACACUUCAGAGACCGGCAGAAGAGUUGCCAAGGAGAAAUUUUCAGAUUCCACGGAAGAUCAAGGAAAGGAAAGGUUUAUUCCAGAACCUUCCCCCGGAAUCCCGUGAGUUUGAAGAACUUGUGAAGCUCUUCUCCUCCUUCUACCUGGAGACAAACUCACGGGGGUCCUUCACCUACGCCAAAGCCCGUCUCAUUCACAGCGAACUCCUUGAGAAAGAAUUCAUUGAGAAGAAGAGGGAACUCAAACAGAAUGGCCGCACUGAUGCAGAGCUGGAGGAGAGCUACGGGUUUUUGCUGCCGGACAAGGACAAGGUCCAGACCAUCUGUGAAAAAGGUCUGUCCGUGGGCCACUCCCGCGUCAGCACGCUGGGGAGUCCCGCUAAAGGUGUGUAUCUAUCGAGGUAUUCCGAUCUAUUGCAAAUGAAUCCAUUUGAACCAGGAACAACCGGAGACAUCAUAGUGUUCAAAAUUAUGAAGGGAAAAUUAAAAACCAUAUACGAAAACGCACCAAAGAAUGCUCUUGACCCGUCGCAGAAGUUCGACUGUCAUGUGUCCAAGAACACAAGCAAAGUUGGGUCCCUCUACUCCUACCGGGCGUUUGAACACACUCAGCAAUACCUGUAUGAGUUUGCCUUUGAGGAGCUGAAGGCCCGGCCCAGGCACGUAUGCCCGUACGCGGUGCUGUCCUUCCGGUACAAAGGCAAAGAGACAAUCGCCUCUCUAAACAGACUCAACAGCCCCAUGAAUGAUGGAAAUCGAGUGAGGCGCAGGUACACCGUUUGGAGCGGGACCCUGGUGAACAAGGGAGAGGAGCUUUUCCAGAUUAGCAUCAGAUCCUCGAACCUCCCCCUUCUGCCCUUCCGACUGCCCGACAAACUGGACUUCAGCACAGCGAUGCAAUUAGAUGCCGUUAAGAGGGAGAUACCUUCGUGGGACACCUUCUACGGCAAGCGGGAAGUGGUAAAGUGUGGCAAGUACUGCAGUCUGUUUGAAGUGGUGAGCAAGAGCAAACCUGGCAACCAAAAUCUAGCCGGAUUGCUACAGAAGCUGGAGAGGGACAAAAUAGUGCUCGUGAAACCUCUGGUAGACAAAGGAUUUCUCUUCCUGCUUUCAUCCGCCCAAAUGCAAAUAACCAAUGAGAGGAAGAGUCGGAUGGAAAAGGGUUUACAUGCUCUAUUUAUCUUCCAAGAUCCCAGACUGGUUACAACACUCUCGUCCACAUGCACUGCUCCCCCAGCGCGCGACCCUAACGUCGACGCGGUCCUGCGCCCCCUGGAGCCGUUCAUGCCGGCCCUGCACUACGCCCUCAUGCACCUGCGCUCGCACCCCCGCAAAGAUAAAAACUUGAGCCCGCUGUGGCCCGCUGUGGAGCGGCAGGUGUUGGACUAUCUGAGCAAGCAGCGCGGCCGGGGCACGCCUCAGGCCUUCCGGCUACCGGAUUACCGGCAGCACCUGGACGAGCGGGCGGGGUCCCCGUCGGGACCCCGGCCGUGGGUCAACACUGACUCCCUGCGUGCCUACCUCCACGACCCUGCCACCUACCAGCUGCCCACCACCAAGUUUCAGGGCAUGCUCAGCGCGGACGGGCAGGACCACCAGCGGCGACGGCCGCCCACGGCGACCGCGGGAGCAGCGCCCGGCCUGGUCGUGUCCCCAGCGCCAUCUCCCGCGGGGACAUCCGAAGACCGCAGCCCGGCCUCGGACUUGGGGGGCCCGGACAGGCAGGCCCUGGGGCACGGGCCCCGCGCAGCGCAGUCCAAUGGGGGGAGUCAGAGAGCCCCCCUACGCGCCCCAUUGGGGGUCGGAGGAGGGAGUGGGGGAGGGGCGCAGUACAAAAGGGAAAUGAUGGAGAAGCUACUGCGGGUGAUCCAUAUGCACAAACGGACGCUGGCUGGAGGGAGGGAAGGGGAGGAGGAGGGCUGGGACGCCGCCGGACGCAAGAGGAGGUUAGAGGACGGAGGGGGGGCCCAGGCCAGCAAGUACCUGAGGACAAACAUGCUGAGCAACGGCGAGCCCGGGAGAGUGCCCAAUAGUGAGGAGGCGGGUUUAGAGGAGGGCCAAUCCCUGUCUCUCUCCAUGAUGAUGGACAGCAUCGGCAUGUGCGACACGGACCUGCGGGAGCGGGUAGGCCAGAAUGAAUCCAUCACCGAGACUCACCGCCUGUUCAAUUUGGUCAUGAGCACGAUCAUGGCCCAUGGCGCCUCGGGGGAAGAGGUGGCCGCCGAAACCCUGGAGCUGGUCGGCGCCGAAGGACUGGGACUGGACCCGGCACGGACGGAAGCGACGGACCUGGACCUGCGGGCGCGGGUAAAGGAGGAGGAACAGCCGACGCAGGACUAUCUGGAGGAUCAGAUGGCGUGUAGUAUGAGCAGUAUGGACGUGUGUAGCCCUGCAUCCACCAGCGAGCCUCUGCUGCAGCAGCCGUCGUGUUUGCUAGACGCCUCUGACCCCUGGAGGCACACAGAGCAAGGUCCUCUCCCAGUCCCAGAGCACUCACCUUACGGUGUAGACGGUCACCGCAAAGCCACGGGCCAGUCGGUCGACACCAUCCUCCACGAGGAGUUCCAGUGCCUCUCCUCCCACAUCAAGCACCUGAUGGACUGCAAAAACAUCUACUACGUUUCCCAGCCUCCCUCACAGCGGACAGACCCCCACCUGCUGCGGCUCAGCUCCACCUUCUCCUCGUUUGUGUCGCACCACGUCAACCCACCGCCCGUGCAGCCCUACAUCAGCACGCUCCGUGAGCAGAUGGGCUCCCUGAUUGGCCGACCCAGAUUUGCCCCACGCCCUCACACUGCUCCAGCCGUGAAAGUCGAGCACCCUGCUCCUGUAACGGUUUCUGCCUCUGCCCCUACUGCCUUUACCCCUGCACCUGCUUUCGCUCCAGGUCCGGUUACGGUUACAUCGGUUUCUACACUCGCUCAGACCCCCGUCCACCCCCCUGUCGAUGCCUUAUGUCUGACCUCAGCUGCACAUGCGGUGGUCGCCCCGUCCCAUCAUCCUCCCAGUGCCCCUGUUUCUGUCUCGCCUUGGGGUCUUACGCCAGUCUGCUCUGCCCCAAUUGCCCUUGCAGUCUCCAUGGCUGCCACCGCCGCUCCUCCUGCUGUUGCCCCCGCACCUCCAGUUGCCCCAGCGCCCAAGAAAGCAGCCCCGGCCCCAAGCAAGUUUCGCAUGGGCACCAUCAAAGAUCCCUGCAAACCUCCCACUGUAUCCCCAGAGAAAGCAGAGAGGAUUGCAGAUGUCAAAUCGACAGUCUCAACCCCCGCAGAAGUCCAUGUCUCCUCUCCGUCUAUGGCAGCCCCUGCCUCAGAUCCCACCCCUGCCAAUCCCCGCGACAGCACGAGCGCGGCUAACAGCCUGAUUAGCAAGAUCCUCAGCCUGGUGGAGUUGGUGCAGAACAACACGAUGAAGUUUUACAUUUACGUGACUGGGGAGGACAGCGAGAAUCGGCUCUGCACAGAGAUUAAGGAGUACUUGAAGAGCUUUGGCAAUGUGGAGUGCAAUCCACAGAGUUUCCUGGAGAACAACAACUGCCUCGACAAGUUUCUGGUCUACAUUCAGAAUGAGGAUAUAGCUAUGCAUGUUCACAAGAUUCCUGGCCUGGUGUUGCUGAAGAAGUUGCCCUCUGUGAGUUUUGCCGGCGUGGACAGUCUGGACGACGUGAAGAACGGCACCUAUAACGAGAUAUUUGUGUCGGGCGGCCUCAUCGUGUCCGACGAAUUAAUCCUCAAUUCGGACCUGAUGACACUCGACAAACUGCAGAGAUUGCUGAGGUUCCUGGAGGACCAUGGCUCUCUCUGGCAGUGGAAGGUGCACUGCAAGACCCAGAAGAAGCUCAAAGAGCUGAGCAGGUUAAACAGCGAUACGAUGAACAUGUUAAACCUGCUGACGUCGUACCAGAAGAAACACUUGGUGGAGUUCCUCCAUUAUCAUGACUGUGAUGCUCCCACGAGGACGGCCCCCGACCUGGACUGCCUCAUCAAAAUGCAGGCCAAUAACACACGACACAGACACAUCAUCUUCCUCACGGAAAGGAAACAGGAAAUGUUCCCACACUUCUCCAGCCACGGGAUCCUUAUCGCCAGUAUUGAAGACCUCCUGGACAACUUCACGAGCAUCAUCAGCUUCAGGCUACCCAAGAUCGAACCGCCAGCUCCCCCACCAGCAGCCGUGAAAGAAGUCGCGAAUGAUGAAUGCGUGGAUGAGGAGGACAUGUCGUUGGACUCGGAGGACGAGACAACGGUCAUCAGUCACAGAGCCCCUCCCAUCCCGAGCAACGGCAUGGAGCAGCCGUCUCUCCUCCCCCCUCCACCACAGAUUCAGGAGUUUCGCCCCCCCCUGCCUGAGAUGCCCCCACUCCAGGAAGCCAUGGCCCAGGGCAGCCCCAUGUCCUAUGGCAGCACCGUGACCGAGCUGGGGGACAACAUAGCCUCGAGUUUUGGGGUGAACCCCCACCAGAGCUAUUUGUGCCCCGCGCCGUCUCAGUGGAACCCCUUCCCCGGCGCCGCCGGCUACCCACUCCCAUCUCAGCCUCCCUCCGUGUGCCCCGCGUUGCCAGGACAACCGUUCCCCCAGCAGUCCCUGACGCCUCACCUCAGCCAGCCUCCCGUCGGCUCGGACGAGAUGCCCCCCGGGGAGGUCCCCCCAGGCCUCCCUCAGCCUCUGCCCGACAGUGAGGCCAAGAUGGGGGUGCCGGCGACUGGCGCGGUGACCCCCCACGCCAUGGGCAGUUCUCAGGAUGCACAGGGCAAAGCCAUGGAGCCUGUGGCCUUCCCGUACCCCGACCCUGCCGUCGCCCCUCCUGCUCAUCCACUGGGCAUGGGGUACGGCUGGGGCGGUGAGAUGGGGGUGCCGCAGCACAGCUAUGCAGGUGGCCCGCCGCUUGGUCUAAUCACGGACUCUGUGCCGGUGGAGACUACCGUUGCACAUCCGAUGGGAUUGCACCCUCCGGAGAGUAUGUGGACAGGGGGUGUGUGCAAAACGCCUGACGGCCAUCCCCCGGGGAUGCUCCCCCCCGUGCCCGUCCCUCCCCUCCCCCCGGCGUCGGGCCCCCCGCCCGGCCCAUUCCUGCACGGCGGAGGGAUGGGCGGCCCGGCAGCGGAGCAGAGCGGUACUCAAGGUAGCUCCACUCCCAGCAGUCAAGGCAGCCGGACUCCAGUGAGCUCGGGCCCAGAGAGCCAGCCUCCUGCCAGCAGGGGGGGCUCUGUGCCCCGCACCCCCCUGCCUAUACACGGAGCCAUGGGCGCGCACAACCGGGGUGGGGCGGCAGGGUCAGGGGCAGCGCCUCUUCCACCGCCUCCUCGCCACGGGAACCACAGUGGCCCCUCCUGCGGGUACAACAGCAGAGGGUCUAUGUCAGGUCCACCGCAGCUGCGGGCUCCGCCGAUGGAUAUGGCCAUGCAUGGCGGCUACAGGGGGAGAGGGGCGCCGCCCAUGCCCAUGAGGUCCAGACCUGGGCGAGGACACAUGGGAGGGGGGCCUACGUGUCCGUGGGGUCCUCCUGUAAGGGGUGCGCCGCACCCACCUCCACCGCCGAACUAUUACUCGGACAACACGUACUUCUAAAGCACCGUAUGGCAACCGCCUCCCCGACAGACUACUGGCAAAGAGAAUGUACAUAUUUGACUUUGAGAGCACAUUUGGAUUUCAAAGAAAGAAGCAGACAGUUAAAAGAACCCUGGUUUUUGUAUGAGUCCGGAGGCAGAGGCCUGAAGUCCUGCUGUAAUCAAACCUGCUCUUCCUAAACGAGGACUUUUAGGAUGAAAUAAUACCUUGUUCAGACCACUAUAUUUAUAUUUGCCAAGAAAUGUAACAGCCUUUCAAUGUUUCAUUUUGUUGCUUCUUUUUGUUCCAAUUUUUCAACAAAUAGACAAAAAUAAAAAAAAUAAACGGUUUGUGAACAAGGAUUCAAAUCAGACAAUAUUUUUUUAAAAAACAAUAAGUGAUUUGUGGGUCACUCGUUUUAGCUUUUUUUUUUUUUUUUUUUUUUUUUCUUUUUUUUUUAAACAUUCUUGGUUGUAAAAAUGUCUAUUAAAAAACAAGGUUGUAUGAAAUGUUCUUUCCGUAAGUGUCAUCUUUCAGAUCACGCUGUGAUUUUGGUAGUGUUGGGGGUAUUUGUUUUGUUUAGUCAAUGUAGUUUUUACCUUGAGACUGACCAGCAGUUUUAAGUGGCAGGUGUUUUGAGGAGUUGGCAGUAGAGGGCGCCGUUCUCCUUCGGACUCAGCCGAGUAUGAGUGAGUUCUCAUGUAACCCGAUGGCAAUACAGCUUCAAGCAGCAUUCUAACUUGAUGUGCUUGUCAUGUAACUUUGCAUAAAGUCAUAAAUUGUUGGAAUUAGAACGAAACUAUCUUCUAUUUUUUCAAGCAUCACGUAAGGUUUCUAGCUAAAUGCGACAAGGAAGAGAUUGGUUAGGUCUGUAUUUUCCAUAACCUCAACAAACCCACUAUGAAUCACUGAAAAGCAAGUUUAGUUAGUUUAUGUACCACUGAAGGCCAGCCUUGCUUGUGGCGAUUUAUUCUGUUGUCUCAAAGGUAUUGCAUCCAAAUGAGCCGUGCUGGUGACCGGAUAUUGUAAAUCAUCUUUCAACUGAACUCUAGUCUUGUCGUUGGAAUGUCUCAUGAAAUAUUGAUGUCAAUUUAAACCCAGGAGACGUAUUGAUACCUGUGUGUUUCACUGUGAGUACCUCUUGUACAUCUGUACUUUGAUGGCAUGUUAUGCAAAUCAGGUCGUUACCACACAGGCGAUGUUGCGCAACCCAUAAAUCAGGGAUUGCAGAUGCAGAAAUGGUUUCUUCCCUGCUUUUCCUUGUGUUGAUCAUACACAUCUCUACGAUCUCACAACCAAUGCACGGAUGAACAGCUGCGUUCGAUCUGUGACAAAGUUCAUGAAAUACAUCAUUUAUAAAAAAUCAUCAUUAUUUAUUAAAAUCAUUAAAAUCAAAGGAAAACCUGAAGCCUCGAUCAGAUGCAACCAGCUGUGGCUGGCAUUUGUGAUGACAGAACCGUUGGAGUAGAAAGCCAUUUGAUCUGUCUAUUUCCUGUAAAGGUCAGUGAUAUGAACAACAAUCACAGCUUCAAGCCCUGUCCUACUAAAUAAAUGUCAUCGCUAAUGUUUGAUAUACUUAGCACCAUUAUUUGGAGAUCUGGCAUGAAAAGUCAGCCAAAGGGUUGAAACCCUGUUCUGUUUGUCCAUUUAACAACACCCUCUCUUGGGCAAGGACUAAACUGCUGAAUGUGGAGGACAAAAAUGAUCAGCACAUAGUGCAUUGGGUAAAGUGCUUACCUGAAGAGGACAGCGAUAAUCCUGUAUUGUUUUAGAAAAAUUAGAUUAUGCUUCCUAAAGUGUGUUACUCCAAUGUGAGUCGGGUCUGGGUGCUUUGAAGCCUCACAUUACAUGUGUAAAAAUAAUAGCAUGGAAUCGGAGCCCAUCGUUUGAUGUGUGUCUAUGCCAUGCAAAAUGUCAAGAUAAAUGUAUUGUUGGCUCACUUUCCCGCUGUCCUUAUAUUAUUGUUAUAUGAAUAGGUAGACAGGGAAAAAAAAGAUUAAAGGGAUUAAGAAAAGGCUGAACAAUUGAAAAAAAUACCUUGUUUUAUCCUAAGGGUAAUCUGCUAAAACCUGACCCUGGUUCAUCUUCCUGCCUAUUUAAUAUAGCCGUCUGGGGAAAAAAGAUGACCUCUAAGUGCCAUGACGCAGAUGGCCAUGUUCAGACGGAGAGCUUUGACGAGAGCCCCCUGGUUUAUAGAGCUCUAUGUUAGUUGGAAAAGAUGCCACAUAUGCUUUUUGCAGUUGGAACUGCUCCAAACCUCUUAAAUGUCGACGCACACACCGUGUAUAGUAUUACAUUAGAUAUCCUCCUAAAAGGUCAAGUGGCAAAUGUUGACAUAUGACUAGAGCUCACCUUGAAAGGGUUUGUUGGAAUCUUUGAAGUUUCCAUGCAGCCAAGGCAUUGUUAAAUAAUGGAAGGGCCGUCAUUUUGGAUGCUUUCUCUUAUUUAUGAUAGUCAAAGUACAAUGAUGUUUUUGGCAAACAGCCUACAUCAGUUAUUCCCUAAAUGCAGUUGAUACAGAAUGAAUAGUCAGCUCACUGCACAGGCAAGGCUUGUGUUGCUCAAACAUAAAAUUAUUAUACAAAUUAAAAAAAUUACAUCAAUGAUCUGAUUCACAUUCGUAACAUGAGUUUCUGUGAAAAUUGCCUGUUACUUUGUCUGUUCACAUACCGAAACAGAGAAGAAAAUGUAAAUAUCCCUUUUUAAAUCAUGUCAAGAGAAUUAUGUAGUGUGGAUUAAUUCCUUUACUGCUUUGUGCUGUGCUCUCAUGUUUCGAUGUUUUAAUCCUCUGCCGUGUACAGAAGAGGAAAUGAACAUGACUUCAGGCACUGCAUAAAAAAACAUAGUUUUCUCUCUUUUUUUUUGCUUUCAUCUUCAUCUUUGAUCUUGUUUGAACAACUUUCAUUCUCUUUUAACACAGGAAUAUCCAUGUUGAGCUGUGUCGUGGCUGAACAGCCUUCAUGGUGAACUUUGUUAUGUAUAGAUUAUGGAUUAAAGCUAGGCAUACUUAUUUCGAUUGAUCUAUUGCACUAAACGGAAUCCCUCUGUAGCAGGGUAUGAUCUAAAAUGAAGGGAAGUUUUGUCAAUCUUAUGUAAGGGGUUUAAUCUCUGGCUAUCAUCUAGAUUAAGUCAAAUUCAUAUAGUACAAGACAGUCUCUUUGUAGGCUUAACACUAGGAGACAUUGAUUUCUUUCUUUCUUCUUCCACCCCAUUCUGUGCCU